AUGUCUGACACUGAAAAAUUGCUAUUGAUUCCAGGUCCAAUCGUUAUCUCUGAAGCCGUUAGAAAGGCACAGUCUAUCCAGUCAUUGGCGCACACUUCUCCAGAGUUCAUCAAGAUCUUCCAGAACACCUUGAAGAACUUGCGUAAGUUGUUCAAAUCAACCAAUGCAAAGGAUCAAGGUGUCGUCAUUGCCGGCUCUGGUACCCUUGGUUGGGAUAUUACUGCUUCAAACUUGGUGUACCCUGGGGAUAACGUUUUGGUGCUAUCCACUGGUUUCUUCUCUGACUCCUUUGCAGAGUGUUUGAGAGUUUACGGUGCCAACGUUGACGUUCUUACUGCUCCAGUUGGAGACGUUGUUCCAAACGAUGACAUUGCUAAGAAAUUGCAAGAGAAGAAGUACUCGGUUAUCACUAUCACCCACGUUGAUACAUCAACCGCGGUCGUCUCCGAUGUGGAGGCAAUCGCUGCAGUUGUGAAGAAGGUUUCUCCAGAAACUUUGAUUGUUGUUGACGGAGUCUGUUCUGUUGGUGUUGAGGACAUUGAAUUCACUAAAUGGGGCUUGGAUUACGUCUUGUCCGCCUCCCAAAAGGCCAUUGGUGUUCCAUCUGGUUUGUCCAUUGGGUUCCUCUCCGAGAGAGCUGUCGAAAGAGCCCUUAACAGACCAACGCAGUCCACUUUCUUUGCCUCCUUGCAAAGAUGGCUGCCAAUCUUGGUGAACUACGAGGCUGGCAAGCCUUCCUACUUUGCUACCCCAGCUAUCCAAACAGUCAACGCGUUGAACGUAUCGCUAGAGGAGAUCCUCGAGAGCGGUCUCGAUGCCAGAUUUGCAAAGAACAAGCAAACUUCCCAGAAAUUCAAAGCGGCCUUGGCUGACCUCGGUGUCGGUAUCGUCCCGGUCAACGAAACAGUCGCAGCCAGUGGUUUGACCGCUGCUUACUUCCCAGAGGGAAUCGACGGCGGAAAGUUCAUCUCAGACGUUUACGCAAAGGGCGUCGUCAUUGCAGGUGGUAUCCACAAGCAGCUCGUUGGCAAGUACUUCAGAGUCGGCCACAUGGGUGUGAGCGCCCUCGACGACUCGCUGGGCCACAUCGACACCGCGAUCAGAGUCAUCACCGAGGCAUUGGAGGAUCAAAAGAAGUGA